AUGAAUGCGGCUGAUGGCACGUGGCACCUGCGUCGUGUUAUCAUUCGUUACAGUGAGACAGGUGGGAGCAGUUUGGGCGCCCGCUUCUAUUUGCGUCACUUACUGCCGGUUUGGAGGCAGCGAAAUCCUCAAGUAGUAGUUGUGACGGAACACUCGAAGUUGGACCACCCACAGCUCCUUGCUGAAUGGUCGAGUGGUGAACGGUUCGAGAUAUCACUUAGAAAGAUGAGGCCGAGACAGAUCGAGGACUUGCUCAAUCUGCAGAGAAAUUCGGAGUCACCAAAUCUUUACCUGAGGCAUGGUGGGCCAAGGGUGUGGACUGAACGUCGGAGCGUGCAAGGAUUGUGGCAACCUUCCCCAGAAGCCAUGUUCAAAGCCUUGAAAUUUGCUCGUGAAGCGUCCUGGCUUGGCCAGAAACACCAAGAUCUCAAGUACUCAUCUCAGACGCUGAAGCUUUGCCAGCAGCACCUGCUGGAAAAGAGAGGACGUUGGGGAGAUCAGUCCCAGCAUCCGAAAGGCUUCGACCGACACGUUCUUGAGGAUGUGCUGAACCGGCCUUUCAUAUCUGAUUCUGUGGAUGUUGAGUAG